AUGCCCGCCUUCGACUCAUCAACAGGUGCCGGCAACGCCAGCGAAAGCGGCGCUGCGCGGAAUGGGUGGCACGAGGACACACCCCAUCUCCCAUCCUUCUACUCACCUCGGACACAAGCCCUCGAGCGCCCGGUCCCCCAGAGCGAUGACAAGACGCAAACUACCCAAGAGCCCGAUGUCGACGAAUUGCCCAGUCUAGCUUCCACGCCCCUACGACCUCACGACCCCGCCUUCACCACUCAACCGCCGCCCUCGCUGCUUUCGCCCGCCUUCACACCCCCGGCGACCCCAGGUACAGCGACACCCACCACCGAGGCCGCCCCGCGCGGAGUGCCCGUCGACAGUUCCAUCCCUACCGGAGGCUGCGGCAGCAAGAAGCCACGCCUUCUCGAGACCCUCCCCAAAGUGCAAUGCAUUGUGCGCGCGCGAAUUCCGACCGUCGCCGGGACCGAAAUGUUCCUUCACCUCUACAGUAACGAUGUCGACAACAAGGAACAUCUUGCCAUUGUCUUUGGGCGCCAGAUCCGCAGCACCUCACUCGACGCCGUACAGCCGGGUGAGACCGAGAUGGACCGCAUGGUCCGCGGCGCAUACACGGGCCGCCUGUUCCCCGGUCGCACAACGAGCGGCAUGGCCAGCGGCACUGGCUCCACGCCUGACUCCGCAUCCAAGGAGCAGGGUGAGGAGGCGCCGCCUGCGCCGACGGGCUCACCGCUCGUGCGCAUCCAUUCCGAGUGCUACACCGGCGAGACGGCGUGGUCGGCGCGCUGCGACUGCGGCGAGCAGCUCGACGAGGCGGCGCGGCUGAUGAGUCUGCCGGAAAACCACAAUGGCGGAAUCAUCAUCUACCUGCGACAGGAGGGUCGCGGUAUCGGCCUGGGCGAGAAGCUCAAGGCGUACAACCUCCAGGACCUAGGCUCCGAUACCGUCGAGGCCAACCUUCUGCUGCGGCACCCCGCGGACGCCCGCAGCUACGGCUUGGCGACAGCCAUGUUGCUUGAUCUGGGCCAGGACGCAGUGCGAUUGCUGACGAACAACCCCGACAAAAUUCGCGCUGUCGAAGGGCCGAACCGAGAGGUCAGGGUGCGGGAGAGGGUCGCCAUGGUGCCAUUGUCUUGGAAGGGCAAGGGUGGGUUCAAAAGCGAGGAGGUGGAGGGAUACCUGAAGACCAAGAUCGAGAAGAUGGGCCACAUGCUGGGUUCGGGCACGGUGCCUUCUUGA